AAUAUUCCAGCAUGGAGCCCUGACCCUCCAAUCCCCACCGGCCCCAAACACAAUCAGUCCCCUUAUGGAGCCCCCCCUCUGACUUCCCUCAAGAGGCAGCCUAGGCGCGUUGCGCCCACCCCCGACGUGGGCUCUUGUUCCCUUCCGCCUCUCCUUAAACCCGCCAGAACCACAUCAGUCCUCUGAUCCUCUCUCUCUCUCUCUCUCUCUCUCUCUCUCGUCCGCCCGCAAACGGAGAUUUCCAGGUCCAAAACAUUGACCAGAACCCUCUAUAUCUCUGUUCAAUUAGGACCAAUUUCCAAGACCAACUUUGCAAACCCGAAUGAAGAACUGAUCUCUGACCUGCGAGCUUAAUUAUCGAGGAUUCGUCGGCCAUGGGUAAUUGCUUCAACCCACCUCAGUAUUUCGCUUCCAAAAGCAAGAAGGCCAAUCUCUACUACCUGGCCUUCAUCGCCGUCCUCUGCACGCUCUCCUACCUCAUCGGAAUCUGGCAGCACCGGGGCUCCGGCGCUGGCGCUGGCGCUUCCUCCGGCUAUCUCGCCGGCAUCUCGUGCGCCCAGGUGAGAAACGCGACCGCCCAGAUGGCCAAACUCGAGGUCCUCGACUUCGCGGCGCACCACAAAGCCGAAGCAGAGCUCUCCCCUGAGUCGACAGCGGCGCGUGUCGUACAAAUCCCGCCGUGUGAUCCCAAGUACAGCGAGUACACGCCGUGCGAGGACCCCAAGAGGUCUCUGAAGUUCCCGAGGGACAGGCUAGUGUACAGAGAGAGGCAUUGCCCGGCGCGUGGGGAGAGGUUGAAGUGCCGUGUGCCGGCGCCGCACGGCUAUAGGGUGCCCGUCCGGUGGCCGGAGAGCCGCGACUCUGUGUGGUACGCUAACGUUCCGCACAAGGAGCUGACAGUGGAGAAAGCGGGUCAGAAUUGGAUACGAUUCCAAGGAAAACGGUUCAAGUUUCCCGGUGGGGGGACCAUGUUCCCCAACGGUGCUGACGCUUACAUUGACGACAUUGGAAAGCUGAUCAAUCUCAGAGAUGGGUCGAUCCGGACAGCCAUUGAUACUGGCUGUGGGGUUGCAAGUUGGGGAGCUUAUCUUCUGUCGCGAGACAUCCUAACCAUGUCAUUUGCACCGAGAGACACCCAUCAAGCUCAAGUGCAGUUUGCUCUCGAGCGAGGAGUUCCUGCAUUGAUUGGAAUUCUUGCCUCCAACAGGCUUCCUUACCCAUCAAGAGCUUUUGACAUGGCUCAUUGUUCUCGAUGCCUUAUUCCUUGGGGCCAGUAUGAUGGGCUUUACCUGAUCGAAGUUGAUCGGAUACUACGACCUGGUGGGUAUUGGAUCCUCUCAGGGCCACCAAUAAACUGGGGAAGGCGCUGGAAAGGAUGGAACCGAACAUCUGAAGACCUGCACGCUGAACAAUCUUCCAUUGAGGAUGUGGCAAGAAGUUUAUGCUGGAAGAAAUUUGUACAGAAGGGAGACAUUGCUAUAUGGCAGAAACCCACAAAUCAUGUUCACUGCAAAAUGAAUAGGAGAGUCUUCAAAAACCCGCCCUUUUGUGAGGGUCAAGAUCCAGACAAGGCGUGGUACACCACAAUGGAGGCCUGCUUAACCCCAUUGCCUGAAGUGUCUGACAUAAAAGACAUCGCCGGCGGCCAGUUAGCAAAAUGGCCAGAGAGAUUGACUUCAACCCCUCCAAGGAUUAGCAGCGGAAGCUUGGAUGGGAUUACUGCAGAGAUCUUCAGAGACAAUUCAGCGUUAUGGAGGAGGAGACUAUCCCAUUAUAAGGCUUUGGACAAUCAGCUGGCACAGCGAGGAAGAUACCGUAACUUGCUUGACAUGAACUCAUACUUGGGAGGGUUUGCAGCUGCCCUCAUCCAAGAUCCUGUCUGGGUCAUGAAUGUUGUCCCUGUUGAGGCAAAGAUAGACACCCUAGGAGUCAUUUACGAGCGUGGAUUGAUCGGUACAUAUCAGAACUGGUGCGAGGGCAUGUCGACUUAUCCAAGGACUUACGAUUUCAUUCAUGCCGAUUCAGUUUUUAGCCUUUACAAAGACAGGUGCGAAAUGGAAGAUAUUCUGUUGGAGAUGGAUAGAAUUUUACGGCCGGAAGGUAGCGUAAUUUUCCGGGACGAUGUCGAUGAGUUGGUGAAGAUCAAGAACAUUAUAGAUGGAAUGCAAUGGAAUAGCAGAGUUGUAGACCAUGAAGACGGACCCCUUGAGAGAGAGAAGCUUCUUGUUGCUGUUAAGCUGUAUUGGACAGCCCCAAAUAAAAAAGGAUAGCAAUAACAGCUUAAGUACCUUCUUUUGUUUUUUUGGGUAUUGCUAAUUCUUUAUAAAAAAGUGAAAAAAAAAAAAAAUUAACCCUUUUUUGGGGUUUUACAGUGUGUAUACACCAAUUUCUCAAAUCCAAUAAUACUUUUGGGUAACUUUUUAAGAAAUGAAAUUUGUAGCAACGAGUUCAGAAUUGAA